GCCAGCCCGCUCCGAGUUUUGUUUCUCGUGUUUUUUUGGCUCCCAGCUGAAGCUGCUGGCGGAGCCGCCUCGGUCCUGACGCUCACCGAGUGUGUGUGUGUGUGUGUGUGUGUCUCCAGCACCAGCGGCACGCUGCUCAACUCUUCCCCGGGUCCCAGCGUCACGGCGGCGGAGCGCAGCUGCCCGGUUGACCGUAUGGACGGCCGGCAGGUGACGACCAUGGAGCUGAAGCCGUGCGUGGAGUACCACGACCUGGAGGCCGCUGAGGCGCUCGUCAGCAUGAGCUUCUGGGGUCAGAGGUCGCACAAACCCCGCCCACUGACGCCCACCUCCGACUCCUGUGACUCCAUCCAUCUCCAUCCAGAGGGCGGGGACGCUCCCAAAGACCUGAUUGCUCUGUCCUCGCUGUGCAUGACUCCACCUCACAGUCCGAGCUUUGCCGAAGCCUCCACCAUCGCUGUCCUCACCACCACUUCCGCUUUGACCCCUGCCUCCAGACCAGUCUUACCACGCCCUGCCUCCAUCUCCACCCUCCUCAGCGACUCCCACGCCGGCCUCCCUCGUCCCCCGUCAUCCCCCUUCACUUCAGAGACCUCAGCACUUCCACCUCAGGCGGAGUCGUCCUGUGUGGCUCCACCCAGCAGAGCGAUGGCCACCAGCGUCAUCCGCCACACUGCCGACCGCCUCAGUGUUGCUCCACCUCCCACCACCGCCACCACCCAGCCAACAGAGACCUCCACGCCUCCUCCGCUGGGACUUCCACAGACACUUCCAGAGGACAAGGACAGACCUCCCGACAGCCCGCUGUCUCCUCCCUCCUCAGUGUCGCCUCCUCACUCCUCCCCGCUGUCUUCCUCCUCCUCCUCUUCCUCUCCGGUAUCCUCCUCUCCGGUCCUCUGCCAGGUGUUCCCAGUGAGCAGCCGGACCGGGAUGAUCUCCGCCUUCGUCCAGGCUCCAGUUCAGGUGCAGACUCAGGGCGGUCCGAAGCCCAUCCUGCCCCAGUCUCCUUCCAGCUUCGCCCAGCCUCUGCUGGUGAGCUCCGCCGUGCCGCAAGGGACCGUGAUGUUCGUGGUCCCCCAGCCUCCCGUGUCGCAGCCGCCGCAGGGCCCACAGACUGUCAUGACUCUGGGCAACACCAAGCUCCUCCCCCUCGCCCCAGCCCCCGUUUACAUGCCAACGGGAGCAAGCGGCGGUGCCUCGCAGGCCGACUUCUCCCGCCGACGAAACUAUGUCUGCAACUUCCCUGGCUGCAAGAAGACCUACUUCAAGAGCUCGCACCUGAAGGCGCACCUGCGCACACACACAGGUGAGAAGCCGUUCAGCUGUCACUGGGAGGGCUGCGACAAAAAGUUCGCCCGCUCCGACGAGCUUUCACGCCACCGCCGGACACACACCGGCGAGAAGAAGUUCGUCUGCAACGUGUGCGACCGGCGCUUCAUGCGCAGUGACCACUUGACCAAACAUGCCCGGCGGCACAUGACCACCAAGAGAGCGUCCUCGUGGCCCGCCGAAACCCGGGACCUCAACAAAGUGGCCCUGUCCAAGAGCCAAAACAGAGGCUCUGCACUUCCUGUCGGCAUGCUGGUCCCCACAGCCAACUAAAGGACUCAACUCAGGACCUCGGGUGGGGGGCGACCGCCAACCAGACACUUCCAGGUUAAACUGUGACUGGACGUUUCAAUCAGCUCCACAUCAGGAGGAUCUUUUCUACAAAUCAGACCGGGCCGGGGAACACCGCGAGGACGGUCGCCAGACUCCGGCUUCGUUUACACGAACAAACACGGCAUGUAGCUUGGCUUCAUUCAUUAGUUUUAGAGUUUAAUCGUUUUCCAGUUAUCCUGAGUUAGUUCAGGUGUUUUUAAAAGCUACCGUCAGGAGGGUUCAUCCUCCUGUGAACAUGCCACAGUGUGUGAAGGUUUCUGAGUCAUGUAGACGAAGCCGGGUCGCGGAGGACGGAGCGAGUUUCCCGCCCUGCUCAGGACAUUUUAAACCCACCAACCACAAACUCACCGCAGGAGGAAGAGGAGGAACAGGAAGGCGGCAGGCUGCUACUCAUCCAUGGACAGAAACAACAGAAACCUGACAUUGCACUGGAUUUUUUCAGAUCUCGCUUGUUUUUGUACUCUCUCCGUGUAUAAUCAUGUUUACUUCACGUGUAAAUGUUUAGCACCAUGUAUGCACUCUUUUUAUUUUGCCAAAGCCUCUGUACCGUGCUUCUAUUAUUAGCUUAAAGGUUCCGUUUGUCUGACUGUAAAUACUGUAAAUAUAUUGAUAUCUAUAUGAAUGUUCCGUGUAUUCGAUCUGCAUUUAUUGACAGUACGAUUUCUUGAUAUUUUAAAAAUGUCAGUAUUCCUCACUGUGAUACUACCUACUCUCUUUGCUUUACACAUUAUUAUUAUUAUUUAAUAAACCUUGGUUGAGGAA